GGGGACGACACCUGACCGGCUGGCCGGCGGCGGACGCCAGUUCCACAGAGACACGGCCGUGGAGCGGUGCACCGAACUGGACCGCAGGGAACGCCAUACACAGCUCGGCUCCAUAGUCCAUGGAUACAGAUAAAUUGGAAAGGCGUUGCCGAUGAUAAAAGGUAAGGCCAUCAGCGCUUGUGCUCCGACCGCAUGGACACCGGAAACGCAAGAUGAAGCCCGAGUCCAGGAGCACGACACAAACGAGUCACGACAGAAACAUGACCCCGGCCGGCCGCCGGUCGCGUGGUGGGCACCGUGGCACGCUGCUGACACUAGCACUGGCACUGUGUGCUGGCACCGUCAUAGGACAGCUGAGACCCGACUACUCAGAUCUGCCCGGAAAAUACUGCGAAAAACGCCGUGAGAAUUCGCGAUGCUGCGCCAACCGGACGGACGAGUGCAGCGUGGCCAUCCUGGGCACGGUCUGCUACUGCGACGAGUUCUGUGACCGCGGGCUGAGCGGCGACUGCUGCCCCGACUACUUCGCGCUGUGCCAGAGCGCUCCCCCGCCGCCACCCGCGACCAGAGAUUGCUUAUAUAAGGGACAGACCUUACCGUACGGAACAACUGUGAUGGAUAACUGCAACCCAUGCGCGUGCGGCGGCAGCGCGGCGGCGCCCACAGUGCAGUGCGGCUCUGAGACGUGCCUGAUGGAGCCGCGUCUGCUGCUCCAGCUGGAGGGCGAGGCCGAGCAGCUCGGCUGGACGGCCGCCAACCACAGCCAGUUCUGGGGCCGCACGCUGCGCAGCGGCCUGCUGCAGCUGACCGGCACCGUAUCUCCAGACAGACAGACGGUGGCGCUCACCCACCCGAUCGUCAAGGUGCUGCACGCCGUGCGCCUGCCGGCCGCGUUCGACGCGCGGCGCCGACCGGGCUGGGCGCCGCUGGUGGGCGGUGUGGCCGACCAGGGCUGGUGCGGCGGCUCGUGGGCCGUCUCCACGGCCGACGUCGCCUCCGACCGGCUCUCCAUUCAGAGGGGGGAGCGCGUGGCGCUGAGUCCCCAGCAGCUGCUGAACUGCGUGACCGACACGGAGGGGGGCGGCGGGUGCCGCGGCGGCCGGCCCGACAGAGCCUGGAACCACCUGCGGCACCACGGGGUACGGUCCACCCUGUGUGUCCCGUACCGAUCGGGGCAAACCGGUCGGCGCGGGCGCUGCGACCGCCGAGCGAGCUCCAACCGCACCGUGUGCGCGCGCCGCUACUGGAUGCAGCCCUCCUACCGCAUCGCCAGCAGGGAGCGGGACAUCCGACACGAGAUCCUCACCAGCGGCCCCGUACAGGCGCUGCUGCGAGUGGAGCCGGACUUUUUCCUGUACCGGUCGGGCGUGUACCGCGCCUCUCGGCUGGGCGAGGCCCGAGCCGCUUACCACUCUGUGCGGCUGAUCGGCUGGGGCGAGCAGGUCACUGCCGGACGAGUGACGCCCUACUGGUUGGCGGCCAACUCGUGGGGCACCGGGUGGGGCGAGCGUGGUCUGUUCCGCAUCCGGCGGGGCACCAACGAGGCCGCCAUCGAGUCGUUCGUGGUCGCCUCACUGGCGCGCACGGAGCGACAGGCGGCCGCCGACGACCGGCAGCUGGCCGUCGAGAGGCGCAAGAGCGACCGCGGACCAGCGACUUCGCCCGGCUCACUCCGAGAGCGACUGGACGGCGCCGAGGAUCGAGCGGUAGACGUCAGCAAGAAGGGUAUAUCUGAUGAUGUGGAAGCGUCCGGUGACAUUCUAAUGGACUCUGAUGGUGUGACAAGUGCUGCAACAUACCUGCCUGCCAUAGCAGACGGUGAAACAACAGAGUAUCCGGCAGCGUCCGAGCUCAUAACAUCGGAUAACGUGACGACGCUGGGGUCGGAACUUCUUUCGGAAGAACAUCUUGUGGAAGCUGAGGGAGAGAAGGCGAACGAUCUCUUAAAAUCAGCAGAUCAGAAAGAACACUUGGAAGAGCAGGCGGGUAGCCCCGUGCCAGUUGACAAAGAGAAAAUCGACGUUCCACAGAUGCCUGAACUCAAGGAAACUAAUAUUGCAAAGGGAACGGACCUUGAACAGACGAUUCCCGCUGUGGCUGACAUGCCUGUGACACUCGUAGAAAAUUUCAGCGACAAUGUAGCGACCGUGGUUUCGGCCGCUCCGAAGUCGGUGUCGGAAGACCCCGUCACGACUCUGGCCGAGCCCCCGGUGACGGAUAUCUCGCCGUUCGGCAGCUCCCCUGCUACCGUCGGCGCGAGGACCGGCAGACCCGGGCCGGCGCUGGUGGGGAAAAGAGGAGAGGAUCCGAGGACACCUGCCGCCAAACCUCACACUGAAGGCCCGGUCACUCAGAGUGGGGCUGACCGGAAGGUGGGGACAACCUCCGAACCGGGCGGCUUUUUCAGUAAAUUUUGGGACUGGACGACUGGCCAGGGAUAGACCUCCUUCAGCUCGCUGAAAUAAAGAAGAGGACAACGGUGCGACGUGUUUAAAAAUAUACCACUACAAUACAUUCCUACUUCGGAAUAACCUGCAUGAAGUGCUACCGAGGCUUUCUUCAGAUAGUCUCUAUGUAGGUAUGUGUUUUGUGAUGCUUGUGUUGCUUCUCACUGCCCCGUGUAUGUUCAUGCUCCUGCACUGCCACUGCCGUUUAUCUGAGGGCGUGCCUUUGACGGGGGAAAGUGACAGAGAUUCUAACGAGUAAUGUUCUACUGCAAAGCCGUCUACUUCUACUCAGAAAUAUAUGUUUUAAAAAUAA